UGCUCACUCUUGAGUCUUCACCCACUUAAAUUACUCCGGUAGCCAUUUUUCUGUCUAUGAUCUGAUUUCGAUCUGAAAAAACUUUUAGCUGCCGGGGAGGAUAUAUAGGUCGAUAUAGAUGAGGAAGGACAUGGAGGCUGGGGCUGAGUUCACGGCGAAGGACUACACGGACCCGCCGCCGGCGCCGCUGGUCGACGCGGAGGAGCUGACCAAGUGGUCGCUGUACCGGGCGGUGAUCGCGGAGUUCAUAGCGACGCUGCUGUUCCUCUACAUCACGGUGGCGACGGUGAUCGGGUACAAGCACCAGUCCGAUCCCAACGUAAGCGGACCCGAUGCGGCCUGCAACGGUGUCGGGAUCCUUGGCAUCGCCUGGGCUUUCGGCGGGAUGAUCUUCGUCCUCGUCUACUGCACCGCCGGCAUCUCCGGCGGUCACAUAAACCCGGCGGUGACGUUCGGGCUGUUCCUGGCUCGCAAGGUCUCCCUGAUCCGAGCCCUCCUCUACAUGAUUGCCCAGUGCCUGGGAGCCAUCUGCGGCGUGGGCCUCGUCAAGGCCUUCCAGAAGGCCUACUACAAUCGCUACGGCGGCGGCGUCAACGAGCUCAGCUCUGGCUACUCCAAGGGAACGGGACUCGCCGCAGAGAUCAUCGGCACCUUCGUCCUCGUCUACACCGUCUUCUCCGCCACCGACCCCAAGCGCAGCGCCCGCGACUCCCACGUCCCGGUUUUAGCUCCACUUCCAAUUGGCUUUGCGGUAUUCAUGGUCCAUCUGGCCACGAUCCCGAUCACCGGCACCGGCAUUAACCCUGCCAGGAGUUUGGGACCUGCCGUAAUCUACAAUAAUGACAAGGCUUGGGAUGACCAGUGGAUCUUCUGGGUGGGUCCUUUCAUUGGGGCCGCCAUAGCCGCAGCUUAUCAUCAGUAUAUCCUCAGAGCUGGCGCUAUCAAGGCUCUUGGGUCUUUUAGAAGCAAUGCUUGAUCCUGAAUUCUGUUGUUGUCCAGCUGUAGUGGUCAAUGAAGGAAUAAAGAAGAGUCGCAAUGCAUAUCGAGUGGAAUUUUGAUGGGGCCGCACCAUUUCAGUAUUUUUUUUUGGCUUAUCAAUUGUGCAAAUCAACAAGGAGGCAUCUUUUUUCCAUUGCCCCUGCAUGCGUUUGUUGAGUAUCUCCACCUGAUCGUCUAUUCAGUCCUGGUCUUCAUGCAAUUAAUGUAAGAAAUAUGUUCGGUUUGCUUCCUUGCCAUAUGAGAGCACAUUUCCAUGGAUGCAUGCAUCUUUGCCAACCGUUUAAUUUGUAGAUUCUGAGAAUUAAUGUGCUUUGGGUUGAGUU